UUGAGGAAUUUCCUAAAUGUUUUUCCGUGUUAGGUUGAAGGAUGGGAAGGUGGCAGCUGAGGAGUGUUCCCGUUACCAUGUGGACGGGAAUUCCCUGGUGAUCCGGGAUGUGGCGAAGGAGGACGCAGGGAAGUACACUAUCCUGGUGGGAAUCCAAGAACACAGACUCUACCAGAACCUAACGCUCUCUCUUGUGGUCAACGUGAGUCCUGGGAUAGGGGAGAAGGCAGUGUCAGUGCAGGACCCAGGCAGUGUUCCGCGGGGUAGCAGACAAGCCCUGCACUGCACCUCCCACGGAGUCCCCCCUCCUCACAUCACAUGGCUCUGGCACCCCUGCCCCCCCAAAGGCCUGUGUGUGUGUCCUCCGUCCUCCUCAAUGUGGAGCCCCGUAAAAGAGAGGGCCCCCGGCACUUCCACAGACAACCACAUCCUGAGUGUCACACACAGACAGGAAGUCCUCCAGGGGAAGAAUAAGACCGUGGGGGUUUUGAUGGUUGCUGAGGCGUUUGUGUCCGGCGUGUAUCGCUGUAUUGCCUCUAGUUCUGUGGGAAAGGAUGAGCUGGACAUGCCCUUCUAUGUAACAGACGUCCCAGGAGGCUUCAGUGUGAGUCAGGAGGAUGAGCCAAGGGAGGGAGGAGACCUACACCUCACCUGCGUAGCCAAUAAGCACCUGUACACCAAUUUUUCAUGGCAACGGGUGACUGACCCAGCAGAGGCCACACCCCUGACCCCCUCCCUGGGUGGUGAACUGACCUCAGGAGAGUUUUCUGACACUCUGAGUCUAUUGCUUAGCAACCUGACGGCGGGGGAUUCUGGAACCUACCGCUGCUCCGCCCAUCACCUGCUGACGGGACAGAACACACAUCUGGACACACAGGUGGACGUCACAGUACUGGAGGCUCCGGUGCUGUUACAGAAUCUCUCUGACUGCAGCGUGAACAUCAGCAGCUCAGUGACACUCAGCUGCCACGCCCACGGAGUGCCACGCCCAUUCAUCACAUGGUACAAGGACCAACACACACUGCUUCAGGGAUCAGGUAUCGUCAUAGCACAAGGAGGCGAGAACCUCCACAUUGACCGAAUCACAGUGGAGGACCAGGGUCUGUACACCUGCCAGGCAACCAAUGAGAGAGGCUCUGCUGAGAGCUCCGCCUACAUCUGGGUUCACAACUCAUCAGGUGGCCUGUCUCUGGAGAUUCCUACUCUCACCUGUACCUGCCUGGUGGCCACUCUCUUCUGGCUGCUUCUCACUCUCUUCAUACGUAAACUCAAAAAGCCAAACUCUUCGAGUGCCAAGGCUGAGUACCUUUCAAUCAUCCUGGACCCAGGGGAGGGGCCUCUGGAGGAGCAGUGUGAUAGGCUACAGUACGACCCAGGCCAAUGGGAGUUCCCCAGAGACCGCCUCAAACUGGAGAAACCUCUGGGCCGUGGGGCCUUUGGGAAAGUCAUGCAGGCGUCUGCCUUUGGCAUCGACAACUCUACAGGCUGCAGGACUGUGGCUGUCAAGAUGCUCAAGGAGGGGGCUACUCCCAGUGACCACAAGGCUCUGAUGACAGAACUGAAAGUCCUGAACCACAUCGGCCACCACCUGAAUGUGGUCAACCUGCUGGGAGCCUGCACCAAGGCAGGGCCUCUCAUGGUGAUAGUGGAGUACUGUAGGUAUGGAAACCUAUCCACCUACCUGAGAGGCAAGAGAGAGACGUGUUCCUGCUCACAAGGAUCUCAUCUCCUACAGUUUCCAAGGUUCUCGAGCAUGAGGUUCCUCGCCUCUCGCAAGUGUAUCCACCGUGACCUGGCUGCCAGGAACAUUCUGCUGUCUGAAGACAAAGUGGUGAAGAUCUGUGGACUUUGGUCUGCCAGAGACCUCUACAAAGACCUCGACUACGUCCCGCAGGGAGACGCAAGGCUGCCAUUGAAGUGGAUGUCCCCAGAGUCCAUCUUUGACAAGGUGUUCACGACCCAGAGUGACGUGUGGUCCUAUGGAGUUCUGCUCUGGGAGAUAUUCUCUCUGGGAGCCUCUCCGUACCCAGGCCUGAACAUAGAUGAGGAGUUCUGCCACCAACUAAAGGAGGGAACACGCAUGCGACCCCCAGAGUACAGCACUCCAGAAAUUUACAGCACCAUGCUGGCAUGCUGGGAGGCUAACCCCUCAGACCGCCCCACCUUCACUGGCCUAGUGGAAACACUGGGAGACCUGCUGGAGGCACGGGUUCAACAGGAUGGGAAGGACUACAUUCCCCUGGGCACGUUCCUGUGUGGAGAGAGAGACCCAGACAGCAGCGUCCAGAGAGACUCCACAGACAGCUCCCUGACUGACCUGCAUCCACACAGACUCAUCAGUCUAGGCUACAUGAACACCAGGAGCACAGCGAAACUCAGGACCUUUGAGGAACUGCCCAGCAAGGACCCGCCUGGGCCGGACGAUGAGCAGGGAGACAGCGGGAUGGUUCUACCCUCUGAGGAACUCAAACGCCUCAAAUGGACCAGCGGUGCCAAGAGCCUCACAAGGUUCUUCACCAUCAGUACGUGCAGGGAAAACCUGGUGCSCUGCAUGUGUAAUGACAUCACUGGUCUCCAUGACGAGCCGCCUGUCCUCCCAUGCGACUGUGACUCCGAGGAGAGCUGUUCCCCUCCACCCGACUACAACUCUGCCUUCCUCUACCCCUCCCUCUGACAACUCUAUCAUAUCACACUUCUCCCUCUGGUUAGAACUGCCUUGGUUCCUCCCUCCCAGCACACCAUCACUCACCCUAACCUCCUCCCUCUGACACCCACUUCUCUAUCCCUAGUCCAUCUUUCUCCCUCCUCCCUCUGACACCUUCUCUAUCCCUAGUCCAUCUUUGUCACAGAUUAAUUAUUGAUGCAGUGCUUCAUUUCCCCAUAACAUACUAUCAGACGACUUCACUCCAAAUAUCUGUCUCUACAAACAAUUCCUCUAAAGAUUGUAUUUGAUGCUGUAGCUUCCUCAGGGGGAGAGGAGUAAGGUAUGUGAAUUACUGAGGCCUGCGUAGGGUGCCACACCCACACCACUAACAGCAGCUAAAUCCAUGAUAGUGUUAUCACAUGCAGCAACACUGCAUGUCCAUGUACCAGUCUAUUUAGUGUAGUUGGACUAUAGAGCUCAGAGGAAUCUCGGUUGUCUCCAGUGACCAUGAUGUUCCUACACCUGUAUGCUGGAAGAAUUUAUUCAUUAGAAAAUAGUGUUGCACCUAUUUAUUUACAAUAUGUUAACCUCAUGAGAUUGUGUCAAGGAAGGCAACUGCUGUCAAUGACCAUUAGACCAGUUGAUGCAGAGCUAUGGAGAAGUACUGUAGAACAUGUUUAAUAGCCACAGCCGUUUGCCCUGACUGACACAAGUAUGUAUGUAUGUAUUCAAAACAUAUUUAAACAUGUUGAAGUAAAGAAGCGUUACCACA